AUGGCACUCUUGGAUGACGCAGAUUUUAUUAUAACACAUAUUCGUCACUCUUGCGUUACUAGUGACGAUACUGGUAUGAGCGAAUUAGUAAUUGUAAAUGAAGAUGAUGAAAUAAUUACAAAGAAAGCCAAAAAAUGUAUUACGAAAUUAUAUAAUAGUAGCAAAGAACAUAAAUUGAAAUGCCGGAAUGUCACUUGGAAAGAUAAACCACGUGAUCUUUCAGACGAUGAAAUGGCUGAAAUGUUCAAAAAAUAUGACAAACCAUUUAAAGCACCAAACCAGUCUAUAUUAGCUUUAUUGUUGGAGCAAGUUGGCAAUGUAGACAAUCCGUUCAAGGAUUACUGUAAAUUUGACGGAGAGGGAAAUGUUGGAGAAGCUGCUACAAAGAAGAUAAAUAUAUAUUUUACGAUGCUGCCUGAGGGAGAGAAUGGAAUACCCAUGACGAUCAUUGUGACUGGAGACAAUGCUUGCGUACAAGACGCUAUUGGACUUGCCUUGUGGAAGUACACCAAUGAAGGAAGAAAACCUCCUCUAAAGUCGAAUUCUGCUCAUGGAUAUGCUUUACACAUUGCUGAGGAUGAUGGUGAAGUCGACAUGGAUUUCCCUGCGCUUGAUCCAAAAGAAAGUAUCUUUAGAUUUGGAUUUACUUCGCUUGCCUUGGUAGAGAAGGAGACUCCUGAGGAGCAGAAGAAGAAAAACAUUGUUGUCAAAGUAUACUUGCCUUUUAAUGGUUUUUCUAGUGUUCAAGUGGACCGGUUGGAUGUACCAAUGAAAGAUAUUUUAGAUAAAAUGAUGAGAAAGAGAAGACUUAAAAAAACGGGUCCGGAGUAUAUCCUUGAGAAAAAGAGCGAACCAAGGGUAACAAUCGACUUAUCCAGGACUUUGGAAUCAAUGGGAACUCUUGAGUUUUGUUUAAUAAGACAAAAUAGUAAGCGUAGUCAAGAUAAAGAGGAAGAUAUAGCAGGAACAUCUAGUAUUCAAGCCUCGUUAGCUAGUCAUCAAUAUAAAGUGUCAUUUGAUAUUGAUUUGGUUGUCGCAUGUGAAAAGAUUGGAGAGCCUAAUAAGCAUAAUAAUCGACAAGCAUUUCGUAUUGUCAGAUUUAGUGCUAAUACUUAUAAAUAUACUGAUUUUGAUGGUCCAACUGAUAUUACAGAUGAAAUCGUAACAAAGAUAACAAACAUUAUUGAAUCUCGGUCUGGCAUCUAUAGAAAGGAAUAUUUAGAUUUGGCUGCUGAAAGAGGGGAAAAAGCAUACAAAGCAAAACGUGGUACCUCUCUAUCAUCACUAUCUAUAUCAUCAAUUGUCAAUAGCUUACAGUAA